AUGGAGAACUCACCUCAUUUCCGGCUGGCAGGCUCCAACGAUGCCUACCGCAGAGUGAGGCCAGGCGCACGUCACAUUGUGCGCAUCCAGUUCACCCCUGACGAGAACAAGGAUUAUUUCCACGAGCUCUCCUGCACCAGUGGAACGCAAAGUAUAGUUGUGCCAAUUCGGGCCAUUGGUGGCCGACCUAUCCUGGACUUCCCUGACCAGCUGGACUUCCCAGUCUGUAUAGUCAAAUGCAGCAGUGAGAAGAUUCUGCUGGUUCAAAACACUGGAAACCUGGAAGCUCAUUACGAGAUGAGCACACAGAGCCCUUUCUCCGUGGUUCCGGCCAGGGGAACUCUGGGCAUUGGCGAAACCAUGGAGGUGACAGUGAAAUAUCAGCCGCUGAGGACCGGUGACCAUGACGCACCCCUGGUAGUGUGCUACGGCAGAGGUGAAACUACCCAGACAAAGCUUCAUGGAGAAGCUGUAGAUCUCAACAUUGGGUUGAGCACAUACUCCGUGGAGCUUGAGAAGACUUACAUCACCAUGUCGUGCCACACAACCGUGGUCAUCAAAAACAGGAGUGACACCACAACCCACUUCCAGUGGAAGACUUAUCCUAAUGAGGAAGAAGAGAAUCGAAAGAAGACAAGGCUCAAUCAUUUGCAUGGUCUGGAGAAAGGGGUCUGGCUGGAAAAUUUACUGGCGGAGAAAAACGUAAUGGAGGAGCUGGGCACUUGUGAAGAUCGCACUGCCAUCCUGAGCAACAUGAUCGACGAGGAGAUGGCAAAGGUGCAACAAGACCCCAUGCUGUUCUCCGAUGACGUUUUUUUCAUUGAGCCACUGGAGGGAGAGAUCGGGCCAAAUUGUUCGGCCAAAAUCAAGGUGACCUUUAAACCCCAAGAAGUGCUAGAGUAUCGAAGUGUGGCUUACUGCAACAUCUCAGGCCAUGAGAUCAGGCUGCCCCUGAAGCUCAGAGGAGAAGGCAAAGGACUUGAGGUUGAACUCAGCUGUGAUACACUGAACCUUGGGAACGUUUAUGUCAACACAACCCAUGCCUAUGAGGUGGAUCUGAUUAACAAGAGCCUUAUUGAUGCUCCCUUCACCUUCGUGCCUCCAACCGCACAUGUGGCCAACUGCUUUGAGUUUGAGCCCAGGAAGGGCAUCAUUGCACCAGGCGAGAGACAGACUAUUCAGAUCUCCUUCAAAGCCACCCUAUUGGGGAUGUUUGAUGAAGAAUUCCAGUUCAGUGUGCCUGGAUCUCCUAUGCCUGCAGCCCUGAGAAUCAAGGGGUGCAUCGAUGGACCGAAUUUACACUUGGACGUCAAAGAGAUCAACUUUGGUGACAUCGCCUUUGGCCUUCCCUAUACCAAGAACUUUCGCCUCACUAACGCCUCCCCGGCAUCCCUGACGUUCAAGCUCCGCAUUCCAGACGAUGGUUCAGGGCCUGUUGUUAGCUGCUAUGAUCAAAUGCGCAACAAUACUGACCCAUCCUGGAGGAAGGGAAUUGAUUUCUCUGUGAAGCCAAAGGAGUUUACAAUGACUCCCAGCCAAGGGACCAUCCUCCCCCAGGGACACCAGGAUAUUGAGGUGACCCUGUGUUCCAACACCGUGAUGGAGUACUACCAGUAUAUCCUGGUGGACGUGGAGGGUAUUGGCGAGGGAGUGUUGGCACUGACCGUCAUGGGCAGAUGCAUCGUUCCUAAGCUGACAGCGUACCCCUACAUCCUGUGCUACGAUGAGUGCCAUCCGAAGGAGCCGUACGAGAGGAAGUUCCUCGUUGUGAAUAACAGCCACAUUCCUGGCUGCUACGGGCUUAUUGCCCAGAAAUGUGAGGAAGAUACUCCUGUGUUCUACUCCAGCUCCAAACCCUGUGGGAUAGUCCAGCCUUUCAGCGUAGCAGAGAUUCCAGUUACAAUCGAAGCCCAAAAAUUGGGCAAGUAUGACACCAAUGUCCUUAUUGGCGUGUUCGGGGAUGAAGGAAACCCGCUGAGGCAGGUUUUACGGAGCACUGGAACACGGGCAGACAUCUACCCAAGUCCAAGACUGAUAGAAGUUGGCAUGAUCGCGGCUCUACAUCGUAAUACACACACCUUUCACCUCGUCAAUGAGGGUUUAGUCGCUGCAGACUUCAGGAUGAAGAUCACUCGCAAACCCAACAUCUUCACUAUUGAUCCCAGUGAAGGAGCGAUAUCCCCUAGGUCUGAGAUUCUUGUGACUGUCACAGCAAUCCUGAAUGACACCGGGCUUUUUGCUGAUGAGGUGGAGCUGUUCAUUGGGGACAGCCUUUUGACCACCUUCACGAUCAUGGCCUGGGGUAUUGGCACCACCAUAGUCGCCGACAAACCAUUCGCUCCGGAGAUCAACUUGGGAUACCAAUUCAGCCUCAUUCCCUGCUUUCGUCAGUUCAAAUUCACAAACGCGGGCUACCAUUUCCAUCAGCUCUACUGGACCGUGAAAUGUUACAGCCCACCUGAGGAGGAGGCCCAGAGCCUCACAUCCGUCAGUAGCUCCGAGAACGAAGAGGAUUCCCAGAGCCCCAAACGUACCCCCUUGUUUCAGCUGCAGCCACGGUCAGUGGAGCUGCAGCCAGGCGAGUCAGCUGAAGUGGUGGUGCAAGGCUUCUCCAGCGUUCCGCAGGUGGUGCAGAAUUACGUGCUGUGUGAAGCCAUCAUUGGGGAAAGCACAACCGCACAGCCGAUAACAGCAACAGUCAUUACCUGCGAGUUUAUUCAUCCCUCUAUAGAAGUAUCAGCCAAAGAAUUCUUUUUCCGAGUGGAGAAGAAACCCAGCGAUGAGCUGACUUUGCAGUACCAGCCUUUGUCUUUAAAAAACACCUGUGCCCUGCCACUCGACCUUCUGCUGUACUUGGAGCAGCCAUUCAUGGUCUGCGAUGCAGACCAGCAGCCCCUCCCAUUUGGCCAGCCUGUGACAGUGGAUGUAGGAGAGACCAGUCAUCUCUACAUUGCAUUUGACCCAGCUUAUGAACUGGAUUUUCAUAGCUGGGAACAAGAGAAGGUUCUGAUGAUAGACAUGGUCAGAGGCCAUCCUUACAAGGAGUAUAUCACCCUUCGGGGAGAAGUCCACUUCCCGAAUCUCCUUAUCCAGCCCAACACCCUGGAGUUUGGCUGCAUCAAAGCUGGCACUGAAGAAGUGCUUUCUCUGGAGAUAACCAACAACAGCCUAUUUCCUGUCAAGUACCACUGGUCAUUCCAUGUGGACAGCCAGGUGAACAAGUUGAGAUGCACAGAGCUAUACUGCAAUCCCAUCCCAGUGGACCAGGCUUUCAAGAUCCUGCCACUGUCAGGUGAACUGCAGCCAGGAGAGAGCCAGCAGGUCACCUUCAGCUUCUUUGGCCACCUCAACAGCAUUGCCCGUGUCACGGCACUGUGCAAUGUGGAGGGAGGCCCCAGCUACGAUGUGGACCUGACCGGGGAGGCCUCACGCAUCAGCUACUUCCUGAGUGUCCAGGAGAUCAACUGCGGGAUCCAGAUGUUUAAUGAAAUUCAGCAUAGCAAGGUUGUCCUGGUGAACACAGGCAAGAUACCAUUCGACUGGGUGCUAAACCCCAGCACUGACACUGCAGACCAAGCUCUGGAUGGAGUGUUUACAGUCAAACCCAGCAGUGGUUCCAUUAGGCCUGGUGAGAGGAAAGAGCUGAAAUUCUCCUACCUGCCAGGAUUACCAGGAGCCUUCUGCAGGACUUAUGAACUCAAAGUGGCUGACAUGGACCCAGAAAAUAUCUGCCUGAAAGGAAAAGCGUCUUUUCCCAUUACCAGUAUCAACCUGCCCUGGAACAUCAAAGGAAAUGAAAACUAUGAUGAGGCACUGAAAGAGCUCAUAAAAUUCAUCCAGCAAUACAAGCAAAAAGAUAAAUCACUUGUUUGGGAGAAGGCUGAGACACUGAAGGCUGAGACCUUGAUGAUUCAGAACCUGAAGUCACACAUGCAUGGCUCUGGCACUGUAUGGGACACUUGGAUACAAAAAAAGCUGGUGAAGAAGCUGAUAAGGCAGGCUGCUCUGGAGCUGCAGAGAACUCACACCUCCCGUCGCCCAAAGACCAAGAAAUUGUUCCCUGACAAGGACCUGCGCCAGAAUCUUGUCAACAUUGACCUGCCUGAGUACAUCCUGGACAUGGGCGCUGUCCUUAAGGGCCACGUUGAGAAACGCACUGUGGAGAUCAGCAACCCCGGGUCGAUGGCAGUGUCCUUACAGGUCGAUCAAUCUGUCCUGCAGGACACAGGUUUCAGAGUGAACCUGGAGAAGGUGACGUACCUGCCCCAGAGAUGCGCCACGUCGUUUGAAGUGCGCUUUGAAAGUGCCUGCCAGCCACUGGGAGAAGUGGAUGUGGUGCUGCCCAUCACGGUAACAAAAGGCCCCACGCGUCACAUCCACCUCCGUGCCAAAGUGUUUGGACUGUCGCUCGACCUCUCCAAGAACCGAUUUCAGUUCCAUGAUACCAUCGUUGGGCAGUGCCAGGUUGAGACAGUCCGGCUCUACAACUGGUUCCGAGUGCCCUGUGAAUGGUUCAUUUCUGAGGUCAAGCCUGAGAAAAAACCCUUUUUACCGCCCAUACGUCCAAAGCUGAAGGACAGGCUGAAGGAGACUGAGGAGGAUCCCUGUCCUUUCAAAGUGAAGCCCUCCAGAGGAAUCAUUGGUCCAGGAAAGUGGCAGAACGUGGAAAUCCAGUUUGCACCCAAGGAAGAGAGGUCUUACAGGAAUGAGCUGAAGGUUAACAUUUGUGGGAGCAGCAAUUACUUAAAGCUGUACCUCUCGGGACAAGGUCUGGAGUCACGGUUGGAGUUCAGUCCCCCAGCACUAAAGAUGGGAUGGGUGCUGGUGGGCAGCAAUUGGUUGGAGGCCACAGUGGUGGUGAAGAACCCGUGCAAGUUCCCCAUUGAGUUUUACUCCCUGGAUUUUGAUGAGCAGUACCUUGAGGAGGAGAAGAUUCUGCGGACGGUGGUGGGGUCUAAGUACCCAAAGACCUUUUUGAUGCCUGCACGUGCUGUGGGUGAGACACUGCCCCCAGAGGUGCUGGAGGACUACAAAGCACGUGAGAAGCUGAAGGCUCAACAGGCAGAGCUCAAGGUCGGGGCUGAAGCCGAGGCCCAGGCCAUGGGCAAGGCAGCACCAGCAUGUCAAGGGACUGUCACAUUCUGCCCAGAGCCCUUGGUGAAAGCAGUCAGGGAUCCUAUCUCUCGGGCUGUCAUGUGCCACAUGGGCAUGGAGCCAUCUUCAGAUGAAGCACAGCAGUGCAGAGGGAUUGUUGUCAUCGUCCACGGGGCACCCCGGGCAGGAAAGUCAGCGGUAGCAGCGGCCCUGUGUCAGUAUUACAACGCGGAAUACUUGUCCAUAGACGCCGUGGUGAAAAAGGCCAUCACCGAUGGGAGCGAAGCUGGGCUCCGUGCCCGGGAGCUUUGCACCAAGGCUGCUGAGAAGCUGGAAGACAAAGACAAAAGGCAUGCUGGUAAAAAGUCUAAGCUCGCUGUUCAGACCAAGAAAAAACAAGAGGAAAAAAUAAAGGGGAACACCAAAGGCGAGAACCCUUCAGCACAAAAGAAGAAGAAGGCAGCCAGCACACCCAAGAAAAAGGACCCCAAGGUCACGGUUUCCACUGCUCCUGCGCCGCAGCCUCUGAACAUCAGCAGCAGCAGCGGGGAAGAGCUGAACUGCCUGAGCUGUGUGCUGCCCGAGGACCUGCUGGUGGACAUCCUCUCUGAGAGGCUGAAGCACAAAGACUGCUACAAGGGAGUGAUCUUUGACGGCUUGGAGAGCCUCUUUGCAAGCAGCCUGGAAUCUUCUCUGCUCUGUGUGCUCAAAGCCAUCAAGAAUCGUCGUCAUAUCUACAUUGUGAACCUGCAUCAGGAUUAUGCUUCUUGCAAAGCCACGGAGGAAGCUGAAAGACAGGAGGAAGAAUGGCAGCAGAAUGAAGCUCAUCAGAGUGAAGUGAAACGUCUCUUGGUGUUGGAUGACAACGAAGAUGAUGAGCAGAAUGAAGCUCAUCAGAGUAAAGUGAAACGUCUCUUCGUUUUGGAUGAUGACGAAGAUGAUGAGCAGAAUGAAGCUCAUCAGAGUGAAGUGAAACGUCUCUUGGUGUUGGAUGACGACGAAGAUGAUGAGCAGAAUGAAGCUCAUCAGAGUGAAGCGAAACGUCUCUUCGUUUUGGAUGACGACGAAGAUGAUGAGCAGAAUGAAGCUCAUCAGAGUGAAGUGAAACGUCUCUUGGUGUUGGAUGACGACGAAGAUGAUGAGCAGAAUGAAGCUCAUCAGAAUGAAGUGAAACGUCUCUUGGUAUUGGAUGACGACGAAGAUGAUGAGCAGAAUGAAGCUCAUCAGAAUGAAGUAAAACGUCUCUUGGUAUUGGAUGACGACGAAGAUGAUGAUCUCCCUGAGAAGAAAGCUGAAGCGGAUGGAGUAAUACUGGAAAGGAAGCAAAUACAGAGGGAGAGGGAGCUGAAGCAGCUGGCUCAAAAGCUUGAGGAGUCAAAAGACUUAGAGGAUGAAGAGAAGCUGGAGGAGGAAAAGGAGGAUGUCUCCUUGGUGAAGCAGCCUGCAAAACCACAGAAGGGGGAAACCAAACAUCCAGAGAAGGAAACCAAACAUCCAGAGAUGAUGGUAACCAAAACUCUAGAGAAGUGGAAAAACACAGCCCUAAGUAUGUGGGAAACCAUAAUCCCAGAGAAGGGGGAAACCAUAAUCCCAAAGAAGGAGGAAACCAAAUCCCCAAAGAAGGGGAAAGCCAAAAUCCCAGCUGAGAUGAAGAAGAACUUGAUCCUGAGGUUUCAGAUCUAUGAGUCAUCGCAGCAGAACGUCACACAGGUUUACUCCUGCUGGGACAGGGUUGAGGGUACCCUGCAGUUACCUGUGCUCCAAAAGGAAAACAAAUCCCAGCCUUCAGCUGAACAAAAAGAUCAGAUGAAGACUAGCAGACCUCAAGAGAAGGUGGAGAAGAAGCCUGCACAAAAAUAUGGAGGCCACAGUAGUCUUCAGUCAUCUCAGCUGGAGAGGCAAAGUGAAGUUGCAGAAGGGGCAGUCAGAGACAAGCAUGUUGGGGUGCCGUGCUUGGACAUCCAGGUCACAAAUAUGGACGACAUGCUUAACAAGAUCCUGAAGAGUGGGAGGCUGCCAACGGGAGACCAGAUGCUGAAACAUCUGGGACUGCAUCCCAACGGGCCUCCCCUUCCCCCUACUGCUGUUCUUUCCAUUGUCAACUACCCGGAGGAGCGGUCAGGCUCUGUGGAGUGCGUGAAGCCCUUCACCAUUGUUGCACCGGAAGGUGCUGCUGUGGAAGACGAUCUGGCCGAGACCCCAGAUGCAAAGGGCAGUUCUGCCGAGGGCCAACCAAAGACGGAUAAAGUGGCCAGCAAAGACAAGUCUCCAGAGGAGAACCAGAUCUCCACACAAAGUCCCCAGGAUCCCUCCACAAGACCCAAAAGUUCAUCAGAGGCAAAGAAAAGCAUGCUGCCAAGUGUCUCACUCCCCACAGAAUUCCUCAGGCUGAAGCGGUACCGGUGGAUAGUGCCUGCCAAGGGUGAGGUGGAACUGAAGGUCCGCUUCUGCCCCACAAAGUCGGGGAAGUUUCACCAGACACUGAGGUUUGAGCUUGUGGGAAUGAAGCACCUGUACAAGCUGCCCUGCAGCGGCACUGGCCUGUACCCCAGCAUCAGCCAGUACCCACGGCUGGUGUUUCCACAGUGGAGGGAGACCAUAGAGGAUGAUGAAAUCAUCUUCAAGGAAUAUGUUGAGAGCACAAAGCAAUUCCACUUUGGACCGCUGCUGUGUGGGAAAUCACGAGAAUGGUACAAGGCCCAGAACUUUCCUGGCAACUCGGAGAAUAUAACCAUCCUCAACAUCUCCCCCAUGGAAGUAGAGGUCCACUUCUCCUUUGGGAAUGAAAAGGGAGGAGAGACGUUCCUUUUGGACCCUCCCAGCAUGACCCUGCAACCAAAGGAGAAGCAGGAGCUGACCAUUUGGGCGUACCCCACUUCUUCUGGCUUCCUGGAAGACAAACUCAUCUGCUGCAUUGAGAAGAACCCCAACCCAGUGGUCUUCAGCCUGUGCUGCCAUGGGGUGCUCAUGAAGCUGGAGGUCAUCCCCCAGGAGCUGUCUUUUGACAAGUUGCUUCUGCACAGGACUGACAGCAGGACCCUGGUCCUGAAAAACAACGCCCUACUGCCCAUGGCCUGGCAGCUUAGUGGGCUGGAUGACCUUGUUGAGGACUUCUCCUUGUCACAAGAGAACGGCAUCAUUGAUCCCUGCUCAGAGUUGGAGGUGACACUGAAUUUCACUGCCAGGCAGAUUGGCAGCAUUGAGAAGACCCUCCGACUAGAGGUUUCAGAUACAGAAAACAUACUGGGGAUUGUUCAUGCUGAAAACAUCAAAAUCUCUGCAGAGGUCUCUAAUGUUUCUCUGAGCAUCGACAUGCCUGAAGGUCCAGAUGGAAGCUUGGAAUUUGGAACCAUUAAUGUCCUGGACAAUUUGACAAAAGUCCUGAGUCUGAAGAACAAAGGGUCAUAUGACAUGAAGUACAGUUUCACACUGAAAGGUGCAGGUCCCAGGAUGCGAGACUUGGUAUCUCACUUCAGUAUUGAACCUCAGUCGGGCAUGCUGAUUGCCUCCCAGCCUGGUGUGAAUGUGAAGAUGCUCUUCCACCCCACAACUGAAAUCCUCCUCAAGAACACACCCAUCCUAUACUGCCAGGUGAUAGAUGCCCGCUCGGGUGAAGGAGGCCAGAUUGUUGCCAACAUCCCAGUGAGGGUGUCGGCAGAAGCUGUGUACAGCAAGUACAGUAUUCAGCCUGCCUCGCCCAUCAACUUUGGUGCCAUAGUCAAGGGCACCAGGAAAACCCAGACUGUCAUACUGGAGAACAAAGGCAUGCUCAGCUUCAAAUUCCGCAUCCUCCAAGCACCCAAGGAUGCACCUGCAUUGCAAAGAGAAAGUUCAAAGCAAGGGGAAUCUGCUCUAUUGGCUCCAAAGCGCUCAGUGGGAAGGAGAUCAAGCGCUGUGACAGAGGGUCACCUCAGUCUUGGCACGUUCACGGUGUCCCCUUGCUCCGGCUCCAUCGCUCCGUGGGGCCAGCAGAAGAUCACAGUGGAGUGCUUCGCAGGGCAGGAGAGGACGUGUGAGGAGCACGUUUACUUUGACAUCACGAACAGAGACCCCAUGGACAAUCCCCUCGGCAUUCCCUUUACCCUGACUGCCGAGUCCUGCUUCCCAGCACUUGUUGAGGACGUCACAUUAAUCUUCAAGAAGUACCCGAUCUGCAGCAGCACCAACCUCAGCCACGAGCUGCAGUCAGUGAAAAGCAAGGGCCUGUUCAUCAGAGAUAAGAACAAAUUCAUCUUCUGCAACGUUCUGGUUGGGCAACAGGCAGAAGCUCAUUUCAACAUCUACAGUGCAAGCAGUCUCUCAUGUGACGUGGUCCUCUCCAUCAAACCCCUGCAUGGAAAGGAUAAAAGCCCUGUCAACAACAUUUUCAAGUUGCAUCCAGUCAGGCUGUCUGUUCCCGGCUCAUCCUAUGCCGUUGCUACGGUGACCUUCACCCCACAAGAGCAGCGGAACUACGACUGCACCUUCAAGGCUUCCCUUGUCGUCCCAAAAAGCCCCGUGAAAAUUAACCCCCAACACCUGACCUUCACCAUCAGUGGGAGGGGGCAUGAGCCACAGGUGACAGUCGUGUGCCCAAGUGCUCGCAGCCGGAGGGGAAAUGCUGUGCUGCGCUUCAAGAGGCUCCAGCUGGGGGAUUCAGAGGUGCUGCCCCUGGUCAUCCGUAACAAUGGCAUCAUACCUGUCCAGUUUAUGUUACAACUGGAGGAUGAGCAGGGAGUGUUCUUUUUGAAAGCCAGGAAAGCCACACUCGAGAGAUUCCACAGUGAAAAUGUGGAAGAGGACUCCAUUGAAAAUGUGAGCAAGUACCCAAAGAUGCCUUUCCUGCUUCUGCGUCAUGGGCAAGUGGCAGAGUUUGAUGUCAUUUUCAAACCCACCCUGGCUCAACGUCUGGAAGGGAGCAUACAUGUGUUACUGGGGAACAUCUACUCUAACAAGAUUCGAGUAGAGCUGGUGGGUGAAGGCCACAAGGAUGAAUUCACCCUCGAUGGACUAGAGGAAGACACAAAGGAGAGGAACGCUAAGAGCAGUGUGAAGAAAAACAUCAUUGAUGCUGUCAGAGUGAAUCACAUCCAGUUUGGGGACUGUCAUGUUGGAAAGCCCUACUGCAGGACCUUCACCAUCACCAACCGCACCCGUACGAAGGUCAUGUGCUUUGAGUGGGAGGCAGAUGCCCCAUUCCGGUUCUCCCCGAAGGUGGGGCACCUCCACCCUGGCUGUGCCAAGAGUAUCACAGUGACCUUGAAAUCAGAUGUCCCAGCCACCUUCAGGAGGCAUCUUGUGAAAUGUAAGGUGGCCGAGAUCAACUUUGAGCUGCCACAAACGAAGGUUGAGGACUGGGACGACGGAAUGCGUGUUGUCACAUGGAAGGAUACCACCAGGAAACUCCCAGGUGCCAGAUGGCCUGAAAAUGAGAAGGUGGUCGAGACGGUCCCAGAACUGGCUUACACUGUGGUGGAGGAGAGCAGCCGUGAGGCCGAGGUGUACCUCAGUGCCCUUGUUGCCUACGCCGAGUUCAAACUGAGCAGAGUCGUGGUUUGGUUCAACGAUACCUUCCCCUUCCAGUCAAGGACGGCCACUUUCACGAUGCACAACACAGGAAAGGUAGCCCUGGAAUACUCCUGGGUGGAAGGUGCAGAUAGUGAAGAAGCAGUGAAGAAGCCAUACUCGAAGACUCUGAUGCGCAAGUUCCUCUCCUCUGAUAUCAUAAGGCAUUGCAGAAAGCUGCUGCAUCGUUUCUGGAGGCAGCAGAAGCAUCCCUCUGAGGUGCUGGAGCAACAGCAGGAGCAACAGCGUCUUGCCAAGCUGCUUGCCAAGCAGAAUCAGGAUUCCGAGGAGCAGCAGCAGCAGGAUUCCAAGGAGCAGGAUUUCGAGGAGAAGCAGCAGCAGGAUUUUGAGGAGCAGCAGCAGGAUCCCAAGGAGGAGGAUUCCAAAAAGGAAGAUUUCAAGGAUUUCGAGGAGCAGGAUUUUGAAGAGGAGGAGCAGGAUUUUGAAGAGGAGGAGCAGGAUUCCGAGGAGCAACAACAGGAUCCCGAGGAGGAGGAUUCCAAAAAGGAAGAUUUCGAGGAUUCCAAGGAGCAGGAUUUUGAAGAGGAGGAGCAGGAUUCCGAGGAGCAACAACAGGAUCCCGAGGAGGAGGAUUCCAAAAAGGAAGAUUUCGAGGAUUCCGAGGAGCAGGAUUUUGAAGAGGAGGAACAGGAUUCCGAAGAGCAACAACAGGAUCCCGAAGAGGAGGAUUCCAAAAAGGAAGAUUUCGAGGAUUCCAAGGAGCAGGAUUUUGAAGAGGAGGAGCAGGAUUCUGAAGAGCAACAACAGGAUCCCGAGGAGGAGGAUUCCAAAAAGGAAGAUUUCGAGGAUUCGGAGGAGCAGGAUUUUGAAGAGGAGGAGCAGGAUUCCGAAGAGCAACAACAGGAUCCCGAGGAGGAGGAUUCCAAAAAAGAAGAUUUCGAGGAUUCCGAGGAGCAGGAUUUCAAGGAGGAGGAGCAGAAUUUCAAGGAGCAGCAGCAGGAUCCUGAGGAGGAGGAUUCCAAAAAGGAAGAUUUUGAGGAGGAAGAGGAGCAGGAUUUUGAGGAGCAGCAUCAGGAUCCCGAGGAGGAGGAUUCCAAAAAGGAAGAUCUUGAGGAGGAGGAGCACUAUUUCCAGGAACAGCAGCAGCCUUCCAAGCAGCAGCAGAAGCUACGCCUCUCGAGGCAAAAGCACCUCUCUCUGCAGCAUGCUGGUUCCUCUCUGCAAGUCUUCCCAGAUGUCGUCCAUGACCUAUUCUCCAUCAACCCUUCCCAGGGCACCAUCGCUCCUGGCCACAAGCAGACCUUUCACGUGCGGUUCUCCCCGGAGUGCACAGGGAAGUUUAAGACCAUCAUGCAGUGCAGGAUUCCUAACCUGAAGCCAACUCAGAAGAAAGCACGCGUGAUUGUGAAAGGCAAAGCCCAGGAGCAAACAGAGAAAAGCCAAAGACCCAAGAAGCAGGUCCACUGGAAACCAACACCUCAGUGACAGCAUUUGUGCAGCUGGAGCAUCUGGAAGGAGCCGGCAGCAUCAUGGCUUAUGCUGCUGAUGGUCUCCCACUCUUCACCAGAGACCACUGCAGCCACCCUUCCAAGCUCCAGUGAAGAACUCUUUUUGCUUUCAACUACCUAUUUAUGACUUCUUCAAUAUAUUGUUAAUAAACUGUUAAAGCAUCAAAUUAACUGUCAGCUUGUCUUGGUUUGAAAGACAGGUCUCUCUGAGACCUCCCUGCAAUGCAGAACGUGACCCCCUUCCCUCCAAAUCAUUACAACUUUGAAAUUAAGAGGCUUUCAGG